AUGUACAUCACCCUCUACUACAUCGUCACCCGGCUCCCUGACACCCUUCGCCCGGUUAGGGACCACUUCCUCUCUGUUUGCCCCACCACCCUCACCGUUGACCUCCUCGAGGAGCGCCUGCUCGCGGCAGAGAAGAGCAUAGUCGCAGUAGGUGCCUCUCGUGGUGACCCUCGUACCCCUGUCUUUGAGGGGUGCUCCCCCUCUCCCCUCUUGCCCUCUGUUGCCUCUGCUGCUGCGGCCGACCUCGUUGGUCUUGAGUCGGUCGCUGCGGCGUCUGCCCCUAGCGGGAGACGCCGCCCUGGCAAGGGCAAGGGGGGCAAGGGUGCUGGAGGGGCUGGAGGGGGCGGUGGAGGCGGAGGUGGAGGUGGUGGAGGGGGUGGGGGUGGCGGUGGGGGUGGUGGCGGGGGUGGGGGCGUCGGUGGCGGGACUGGAGGUGGAGGUGGAGGCGGCGGUGGCGGUGGGAGCGGAGGUGGCGGAGGUGGCGGUAGUGGAGGAGGUAGCGGCGGAGGCGGCGGAGCUGGUCGGGGUGGCGCUGCGCAGAGGGGUGGCUCCGGUGGUGGUGCGCGCCAGCAGCAGCAGCAGCAGCGUACCCGUGAGACCCCUUCCCCCCAGCAGCUUCGUGAGUGGUACGCUGCUCGUCAGCGGGGCGGGGGUGCUGGCCCCUGCACCUACGUUCUCCGUACCGGCGACCGGGCGGGUGAGCAGUGUGGGGGCCCACACCCCACCCAGCGCUGCUUCGGUCGUCUGACAGACGCGUGGCGCCACCAGUUCCCCGACGCUACUGAGAUCCCUCGCUGGGGCGAGCUGUCUAGGGCGGGUGUUGCAAUCUAUGAUCUUGAUUUUGAUGCUAUUCUUGCUGCCAUGUAUGCUGUGACUAUUAGUGAUGAGGGUGACUGUUACCGGUGUUUCCCGCCUGACCCAGGCAUAGAGGCUGCUGCGCUAGGUACUUGUGAGGCUGCUGCUCUAGGUGCCAGUGCGUCUGCUGCCCCAGGUGCCGGUGAGUUUGCGCUCUCAGGUGCUGCGUCGCCCCCGGACACCCACACCUUCACCCUUGACUCGGGUGCUUCCCGCUCCUUCUUUCGAGACUGCACCACUCUCACACCGCUCAGUCGGCCUGUUGCGGUCUCCCUGGCGGACCCCUCUGGGGGUCCUGUCCUUGCUCACUACUCCACUGUCCUACCGUGUCCAGCGGUCCCGUCUGGCUCCCUGUCGGGUCUUUACCUCCCCUCGUUCUCUACGAACUUGGUGGCGGGUGCUGACCUCCAGGAUGCAGGAGUUGACCAGUUCACCCCUGCGCGUCAGCGGGUGACCCACUGCACUUGUGCGGACACGGGCCGCCACUUGGCCACGUUUGCUCGUCGGCCAGGGUCGAGCCUGUACACACUGACUACUGAGUCUUCUCCAGUCACUGAGUCUGCUCAGGUAGCCGCGUCGGGUCAGGUGUUUGCUGCGGCGUCCAGGUCUGGUCCUGAGUCUGCCCCCUGCUCGUGUCGUCUCCUGUCUCACCGGACUCUCCUCUGGCACCACCGUCUUGGUCACCCCUCCCUGCCUCGCCUUCGAGGCAUGGCUUCCCGUCUUCUUGUUUCUGGUCUCCCCCGGUCCCUCCCUCCUCUUCCUCCGGGGCCUGCCCCCACCUGCGUUCCCUGCGUCGAGGGGCGGCAGCGCGCUGCUCCUCACUCCUCCGAGUUUCCUCCGACAGAGGCUCCGCUGCAGACGCUUCACAUGGACGUGUGGGGCCCAGCCCGCGUCCGUGGGCAGGGUCAGGAGCGCUACUUCCUGCUGGUGGUUGACGACUACUCGCGUUACACCGCAGUCUUCCCCUUGCGCAGCAAGGGUGACGUCACUGAGGUGUUGAUCGCCUGGAUCCGCGCGGCUCGUCUCCAGCUCCAGGAGAGUUUCGGCUCCGACUUUCCUGUUCGGCGUCUGCACUCCGACCGAGGCGGAGAGUUCUCCUCUGACCUUCUGCGGACCUUCUGUCGCGCACGAGGCAUCCGCCAGACCUUCACGCUUCCGGACUCUCCGCAGCAGAAUGGGAUUGCUGAGCGCCGCAUCGGCAUGGUCAUGGACGUCGCUCGUACGUCCAUGAUCCAUGCGGCUGCUCCCCAUUUUCUGUGGCCGUUUGCGGUUCGGUACGCGGCGCAUCAGCUCAACCUUCACCCCCGGGUCUCCAUGCCGGAGACCUAUCGUACUUCGUUCCGCUCCUUGAGCAGGUUCUUGGUCUUCCGUCCUCUCUUGGUCCUGCUCCUGCCUUAG